AUGUCUGCUUUUUGUUCACUGUUUAUUUUAUUAUUUUUAAAUUGUAUAGAUUAUAGCUAUAGUAAUAGCAUAGAGAAUAAUAAUAAUAUUAAUAAUCAGAAAGAAGAUAAAGUUAAAAAUAAAAAUAAUAAUAAACCUAUUUUAAAAUUUAAUACCGAUAAUACUUUUAAAAUAUUACAAAUCACUGAUCUUCACUAUGGAGAAGAUGGAGAUUGGGAUAAAUUAAAUAUUGAAUCACAAGAGAUUCUCAUUGAAUCUGAACAACCUGAUUUUGUUAUGUUAUCAGGCGAUAUGAUAUCAGGAUACACUGAUUUCUUUACAAAUAUAACAAAUUAUAAUACGAUUUGGGAUACCUUAACUUUACCAAUGAGAAAAAGAAAUAUACCAUGGUCAAUUACUUUUGGUAAUCAUGAUGAUGAAGGAGCUUACAACAGAUUGAAUUUGACAAUGUUAGAUAUGUCUUAUGAUUUAAGUUUGACUCAGAUUGGACCGUCCAAUGUAUCUGGUGUAGCAAAUUAUGUUUUAGAAGUACAAUCAUCAGAUUCCACAGAUAUGGCAACUCUCAUUUAUAUAUUCGACAGUAUGAAGAGUAGUCAGUGUGAAAGUAUGAAUGGUGAUUGGGGUUGUGUUGAUCACUCCCAAGUUGAGUGGUAUGAACAAACAUCAAAGAAAUAUAAUAGACAUACUGGGUUCGCUUUUGUUCAUGUUCCACCUAUUGAAGUGGUUGAUCUUUGGAAUACUAGGACUGUGCGUGGAGAUUUCGGUGAGAGAUUGUCGUGUUGUUUUGGUGAUGGAUCGCACUUGGUUGAGUCAAUGAUUGAACGCGGUGAUAUUAGAACACUGUACUUUGGUCACGACCACAGGAACGACUUUCAAGGUGAUUUCUUUGGGCUCAAUUUGGGAUACGGUAGAAAAUCAGGUUACGGUUCCUACGAUCCAAAGUACACUCAAGGCGCCAGAGUGCUGAAGAUCUACGAAAAGACACUGACUCACGAGACAUGGAUCAGAAAUGUCAAAGGGGAGCGUGAUGACCAGAUUUCACAUACACCACUCGACGAACAGCCAAGAUAUUGCUGUGUAGGUCUCGAUUCCAAAGACAAUCCUAGCUGGUCACUCUAUUUCGCGCUCUUCACCUGUGUGAUGAUCAUUCUGUUUUUCAUUCAGUGGAAGAUCAGCAGUGGUGUGAGUCACCACAAGCAACAACUCUUGCUAGUAGGUGCUGACAACACCAUUCAAAUGAUGUCACAUGAAGAGAUUAACCGUCAAAAUCAAAGUAACAACAUUUCCUCUGCAAUUAUAAACUUCUAUGAUAAUAGUUUAAAUAAUUAUAAUGGCAUCGAAAUUAGACAUGUUAUGGAUGACUCUACAAGUAGUAUAGAGAGUCCACUUUCAUCGUAUAACGAUGAUAAUUUUAUAAAUAAAUUGAUUGGAAAGGAAGAUUCGAGAAUUCCUUCUUCUCUUCGUUUUUCAGAAGAAUUUGAAGACUGUGAUUCAGAUUCCGAUACUUCUGGUAUUUUAAGUCCACCAAUAAUCGUGGAUCAAAGUGAUUUGGAAAAAAAAGAAGAUAUUGAAAUAAAUAAAAAAAAAAGUAGAAUUUGGAACAAACCAUUUCUAAAAGAUAAACUUUGUAUUAUUAUCUUCCUUUCACUGGCUUUGGUCAUUAGAGUUGCUAGUGCAAAACUAUUAAUCCCCAACAUCUUUACAAACUAUGUUAGAAACGAACACCCCAAUUUCACCAACGACGAGGUCACCUCGAUGGCAUCGAAAUACAAGUCAGUUUCAGAUUCUCUACCGUAUAUUACCAAUUUCCUAUUCUCUCCAUUGCUCGGUGCUCUAUCUGACAAGUUUGGAAGGAAAUGGAUUCUGGCAUUCAUUACACUCACCCAAAUCAUUGAUAUGGUGGUGGUUGGAAUCACUUUCUGGUUCGAUUUGAUUUGGCCAUUCUAUAUAAGUCACACCAUUGCAGGAGUAACCAAUGGUGCCCUUCCAAUUACACUGUCGUACCUUGCCGAUCUAACCACUAAGAGCGAACGAUCCGUUUGGUUUAUGAUUGUAGGCGCUUCGGUCGGAAUUUCAGUGGCAUGCGGCCCUCUCUUGGAGAUGUUUUUAAUUCAACUUUACUCUUACAAAGCCGCGGUCAUUGGAAAUGUUUCAGUACUUCUCAUUUCGUAUCUAUUCUUACUACCGAUAGUAGAUUCAAUAAAGUACAUCGAAGGUAAACCAAAAGAUCCAAUUCUCGAUCAAUUUGGACAGAUACCAAAAGAAAAACUUGGAAGUUUGAAUCCAUUUAAAUCAAUCAUCAGAUUAUUCACAACUUCAAAAUUCAUUGGAGUUUAUGCACUUCUUUACUUCUCUUUUACCUACACAAGCCAAGAUACAAUCAACACAGCCUACUAUUAUACAAAUAUUAGAUAUGGUUGGGGAGCUCUUCAAAAUUCUAUAAAUACAAGUGCAGUCGGUGCAUCUGUAUUCAUUUGGAGUUCUUUUAUAUUACCUAUUUUACUUAAAUUCAUUUCUGAAAGAAAAAUUGUUAUUGGAGCAUUCUUAUUGAGUGCAAUUUUCCAUGUAUUAUUUGCAUUCGCAGUGAAUCAAUGGAUGUGGGCAGUUUCAAUGUCACUUGGAUCAUUCAGUAUGGUACUUUUAAAUCUGAUUCAAUCGAUUAUUUCAAAAGCAACUCCAUCCCAUAUCCAAGGUGCAAUGCUCACUGGUGUAUCUGCUCUAUCUUCAUUGUCUUCGGCCGCCGGUGCCUAUGCCUCCCAAAAUAUUUUUGCAUACUUUAUCAGUGCAAAUGCACCGAUCUACUUUCCAGGAAUGCACUUUUUGAUUAAUAGUGGUAUCAUAUUUAUUACUUCGCUAGUAAGCGUCUAUGCAUCCCGUAUUCAAAAUCCAGAAGAAACUCAACAAUUACCACCAACUUUAAAAAAAUCAUUAUUGGAUGAUAUAACAUUGACAAGAUAUUCUUUAGUUUAUGAUAAUAUCUAUGGUUAUGAUGAUUCUCGUAUCUUUUUUGAAUUCAUAUCUAUCUUUGAUAGUAGAUUCAAUUCAGCAAAAGAAGAAUUUAACUUUAAUCAAGAUUAUGAAGUUCAAUAUUGUAAUCCUUAUGACUAUUAUAUAGGUAAAUAUAUCUAA